AUGACUCCAGAAACUACCAACCCAAAAGCUCCCCCAAGAGGGUCCUACAUGGAGAAUUCCGAUCUCCACGAUCAAACUCAACGCCUCUCCUUCCCACGCCUAAUCGCAGCCUAUCUUUGCCUCUGCGCCUGCUAUUUCAUAUCCUAUCUUGACAUGAAUUCAACCACGACAGCUCUCCCAACUAUUUCAGCAGCCCUUUCAGCAGGAACGACAAUUACCUGGGCAGGAACUGCCUUUCUACUCGGACAGACAAUCUUCCAACCACUAUAUGGUCGCAUAUCUGACAUCGCUGGUCGCAAACCCGUACUACUCGCAUCUGUGGGAUGUAUCUUUGUGGGCGAUCUUCUUUCCGGCUGGGCGCGGAGUGCUCUAUGGCUAUAUAUCACGCGUGCACUGAGUGGGAUUGGAGCCGGUGGGAUUAGUUCGCUGGUUGCCAUUAUUGUUAGUGAUUUGGUCAGCUUGAAGGAGCGUGGGAAGUAUCAGGGUAUGAGGGAUGAGGAUGGCUGGAGGUGGGUGUUUUGGGUUCCUUCUAUUCUUGCCUUGGUGUGUGCGGUAGUGCUUGUCUUUGUCUUGCCUUUGAAGCCAGUGGUUGGUAGCUGGCGGGAAAAGGUGAAGAAAAUCGAUUGGUUUGGGGUUUGUGCUUCUGUUACGGGGAUUGUUCUGUUGCUGAUUCCAAUUAACUCCGGUGGGAGUAUCUGGUCCUGGCACAGUGCUUUGAUCAUUGCGCUCCUCACCCUUGGCGGGGUAUUUCUUGUUUUAUUUGUCUUCAACGAGGGUCUAGUUGCAAAGAUCCCACUCAUGCCAUUACGUCUAUUCCAAAAACGAUCUCUAACCAUCAUGUUGGUUUCUGGUGCACUCCACGACUAUGCCUGGCAGGCAACACAGUAUUUCAUGCCGCUCUACUUUCAGAAAAUUCGCGGUUAUUCCCCUCUGGAGAGUGCCACCUUGACUUUACCUUACGUGUUGGCGCAAAGUCUUGCUGGUGCCGCGUCUGGGCCUUUGAUGAGUCGAUCUGCUAGAUAUGCACCGGUCCUGCGAGCAGGAUUUCUUCUUUGGACACUCGGAGCAGGUCUGAAUCUUUUAUUUACCCGACAUACUCACGUCGCAAUCUAUGUUGUGGUCCUUGCGAUUGAAGGUGCUGGGGUCGGCUUCGUUCAUCAACCGGGACUUGUGGCCGUGCAGGCUCUCUCCAGACCAGAGGAUCGUGCAGUUGCGACUUCCACUCGGAAUUUGUUGCGUUCUCUGGGAUCUGUCUUCGGCGUUGCCAUUUCCACUGUGGUACAGAACACAGUCAUACAAUGGGGUUUGCGCGAUGCCGUUCCUUCGGACCUUCUGUCAGAAGUGCUGGAUGGAAACUGGACUAUCAGCGACGCAAGCACCGAGGAAUACCGCUCUCAGAUUCUCGAUGCGAAAAUGAAAGGGUUUCGAGUUGUCUUUAUCAUACUCAUUCCUCUGAUGUGUCUCUGCUUUAUCGGUAAUUUCUUUGUUGCCGAUACAGUGCUGAAAGGUGAUGUGAAGGAGAAGGACCAGGAGAAAAGGACGACCUUAGGUGGUAGAAUAUUAGAGAAUCCAAGUACGAAUGGAAACCCCGAGAAACACACAGAGGUUUAA